AUGACCGCAUCAGCCGCCGACGAUGGCAGCUCUUUGGCGCCUACCGUCACCGAGGGAGAAGCCACGGCCGAGGCCGGGGCUGGGGCAGCUGUUGAAGAGUGCGCCGAGGGCAAGGAGAUGAAGGUGGGGGCUUCGGCUGCAGUUGUGGAGCUGGAUGAGGAGGCGCGGGAAGAGGAUCCUGAGGAGGAGGAGGAGGAGGAAGAAGAAGAAGAGGAGGAGGAAGAAGCGGAUGCGGGGGAGGUGGAAACUGCGGAUGGGAUAGAGGCGGAGUUGAUGGAGCCAUUGCCGUUGCUGAAGCCCGAGGAGGAGGCCGAACCCGAAGAGCUAGAGGGGAAGAAGGAAGAGCUGGAUGAGGAGCCAGAGGAGACCGAGCCAUCGGAAGAGGAGCCCGAGGAGGUGGAAGAGUGCAAGGAGGGCGACGGUGUUGCGGAGGUGGAUGGGUCAAUGGCGAACGAAACAAAUGAAAUGUCCAAACUGGAAUAUGGUAAAUCUGGCAACACAAAUAAGGAUAAAGAUGCUGAUCAAUUGAGCAGUGGGAGUGAUAGUGGUGAUGAUAUGCAGAACUCUGAACUUGCUGGAGGCCUUGAAAUAUUUGUUGACGACUUGCCUCAUGAUUGUGUUAAGGAAGACAUUGCUAUGGCCUUUUCUCAAUCAGGGGAGGUCAAAUCUGUUAGGAUAAUUAAAAAUUCAUCAACUGAAAAGAACAAAGACGUUGCAUUUGUUUGUUGUGCAAGCAUUGAAGCUGCAAAGAAUGUUCUCGCUGAAUUUAAGGAGGGAAUUGAGGUAAAAGGAAAAAUGGUCAGGGUAUCUGCUUGUCAAGAUAAUAAUACCCUUUACCUGGGCAACAUUUGCAAGGGCUGGACCAGAGAUCAGGUGCUGAACACCCUAAAAAGUAUUGGAAUUCAAGAGUGCAAGAUAACCUUUCCCACUUACAAGGGAGGAAGCAGAGGGUUUGCUUUUCUUAAAUUUGCCUCGCACUACUAUGCUAGAGCAGCAUUUCGUCGCUUAAUGAAAUCUGAUGCUAUUUUUGGUACUAAUAGAAGCGCUAAAGUAUCUUUUUAUGAAACCCCCACAAAAUCAUCCAAGAGUCUUUUGGAGGCAAAAAAAGUAUACCUGGAACAUGUCCCUCUUUCUUGGGAUGAGAAUAAGAUUAAAGAGUACUGUGAAGAAUAUGGGGAUAUUCUGAAAGUUGAUCUUUUCCAGAUAUCAAAGAAUUUGGAAAACGAAACAAUUUCUUUUGUUGAAUUCUCAUCCAGCAAGGGUGCAUCAGCUUGUGUGGCAGGAGUAAACAAAGCAAAGAUAGUUGAUGGAAGCUUCAAGUUGUGUGCAUAUCUUGCUUGGCCAAAAAGUGCUUUGAAGAUCAAUAGUGCUGCACCUUCAAAUGCUGCCACCAUAACUGAGAAGGACAAAAACCACACAGAGAAGGUUGUUGUAGAUAAGAAUUUAUCCCAUAAAUUCCGGAAAGGCGACAGGAGCAAACUUACCUCUCGGACAAAGGAGGCAAUUAUGAAGACAAAUUCAUCAAGUAAAUUACCAAAUGACAAUGAUACAAAACUAACCUCACAAGGUGCUGCAGAAGUACCACAAACCUCCAAAUCUUCUGAAGGCAAGAGGAAAGUUGGAAAGAACAAACAUGCCUCUGUAUACCAAAAACCAUGGAAGAAAGCACAAAAUAAUCGUAAUGUUGAUGAGAGCCAGCUAACUUGUCGAGGUGCUGCAGUACUGCAAACAUCUAACAUUUCCAAAGGGAAAAGGAAAGCCAGCGAGAACAGAAGUAUAUAUAUAAACGAAAAACCUCUGAAGAAAGCACAUAACAAUAUUCUUAUGCAUGAAUAUGCAGAUAAUUUGGGUGGAAAUUCGAGAUCUAAAUCAUAUGCCUCUGAUCUGGUGUGUUACGAUUUAAAGACCUAUGUCAGGUUUUUAAGGAUCACAUAUGAAAUGUCAUGUGAAUAUGAAAGUUUUAAGCAAUAUAAAAAACUGCAGCGUCACCAUCAGCCUACUCUGGUUACAGAAGCCAAUGCUGGCUAUGAGGCUGUAUAUACAUAUGAAUACGCACGGAACCGGGCGCCUACACCAAGUGGAUCUUACAUCCCUCGAAGAGGACGUUACUGA